AUGAGUGAGAGAGUGUACGGUGCUCGUGCGCACUCACGCACACAGAGGCGAGCCCUCCUCGGCGGGCUGCAAUUCGUCGCCGCCCCCCGCGCCUCCACGCAAUUGCACUGCACUCCGACGCCGUGCGUGCGUAAAAAGCGCACGCACGAGGAGUGCGGGGGACGCGGCAUUCUCCGACUGCGAGCGCCGCCUGCAACUAACAGUGAACAGUCACCGCCAGACGCUCGGAGGAGCAUACCGCCCCCACAGGGCGCACCG